AUGGAGAACUCAAGCCUGUUUCUGAGACUGCCGGUAGAGCUGGUAGAAGAGAUCGUAUUGUGCGCCGCCGCAUCGGGCGAUCCCACCGCGCCCGCCACGCUCGCGCUCACCUGCCGCGCCCUGCGGUCCUCCAUCCUCGCCGCGCAGACACACCUCUGGCGCCACCUCUUCCUCACCCUCUUCGACCCCCCUUCCCACCAGCUCCACCACACCUACCCCUGGUCAAGCGCCUACAAAGCGCGCAUCACCGCCCAGCUCUUCUUCCAAGCGCGCAUCGUCGAGCCCGACCGGCCCGCGCCGCCCGAGCUCGUCAAGGACGUAUUGGAGUCGUUACUGGACGUGCUGCACAGCGCACUGCCGCUCGACUCGCGCGAGCUCGAACCCGACACGCCUAGCAACUCCACACACCCCGUCUUCCCGCCCCUCUCGCUCGUCUUACAUUCAACGCCCGACCGCGUCGCGCCCUCGCUCAACACCCUCUUCGUCUCGCGCAUCCUGUCGCCCGGCCUCCCUCCUCUCCUCUCAUCCCGCCUAAACGCCUACUGCGUCUCCCCGUCAACUUCAGCAGAGCUCUACGACGAGCCGCUCGCACGAUUGGUAGCGGCCGUGGGGCCGCUGCAGGCUGCGCGCGCGCCGCCGCCGCGCCCGUUCUUUGGGCCGCAUAUGCCGGGCACGAUUGUAGGUGCUGGUGCUGAGGGGGCGGACGAGCCGCUGUUGCGGGAUCCGCAGGAGGAACAGGAGGAGCAGGUGCAGGAGAGCGGCGAGUUGAGGGUGUGGAGGUGUAGUCAGAGGCGGGUGUGGGAGCCCGAGAGGGCGGACGGGGUGCGGAGGCUGGCAAGGAUACGCGCCUACGACAUGUCCUACCUACACCCAACCCGCCUCCACGCGCCCUUCCUCCCGCUAUCCCCCACCACGACCCAAAUCUUAGACUCGGCGCUGCUCGUGCCCACACGCAGCAUCCUCUCCCACACGCUCGACGAGAUCUCCGACGCCUCGUCCGACGGCGAUUACAGCCCGCACGCCUCGCCGCUCAUCCACUCUUCCUCUUCGUCCUCAAGUUCGACGUCGACGCUAUCCUCAACGCACAGCCAAUCCCCCUCGCCCGCAUCCGACCAGCCCGCGCCCGCCUUCCCCUCACCCGCGCCCUCGCCCUUACCCCUACCCUCAGAACCCGCGCCCGCCCCUUUACCCGGCAUCCCCUCCUACGUCCCCCCCGCCUUCGCACACAUCUACACGCUCGAACCGCCCGCCGCCCAGCUACACUUCGACUGGACAUGGCUCUCCGCCGCGCGCACGGUCGUGCAGCACAACCUGCGCGACCUGCUCGCACCAAGGCACGCGCAUGCGCUGAGGGCGCUCGUGGCGCUUGAGGGGCUGAGGGUGGGCGCGGCGCCGGGGUUUGUUGGUGGGGGCGCUUCUGAACGGCCGGAGUCGGGCACGGGCGCAAGCGCAACCCAAGGGCUUGGAGGGAAUGGCAAGCGGCGCGCGGAUUCGCUCUCAACCGCCUUCGCGCCCGUACUCGAAGACACGUCGUUCAUCGACCGCGACCCCAACGCCCUCAUCUCCAACUCCAACCCCUCCGAGCCGAACGACAUAGAGGUCGACGAAGAAUGCCCUUUGGGCGCGUUGGCAGAGGUCAUUGGUCCGGGCCCGGUGAGAGCGGACGGGUCGUGCUAUGCGUUUCCUGAGCCGGGGUCUGAGUUCGACGCGAAGAAUCUGGGCCUGAAGGGCAAGAACACGUCGCAUGAUGAGGCGGACACAUCUGACGACGUCGAGCGCGCGCUGGGCAAGGGUAAGGGCAAGGGCAGGGUCGUAGCAGACGCGAACGACGUAGAGAUGCAAGCCGAGGCCGCCGAUGCGAAGGGCAAGUCCAAGUCCAAGCCAGUGCCAGUGCCGGACGAGGAAGGCGUCAAGAUUGGCGAAGAAGGAGUGAAGAUCGGCGAAGAGUGCGAGGGGCACGACUGGGCGGGCGUCGCGGGCCAAUGGCGCCGCUGCGUCUGCUGGCUGGACUACAAGGACCUCGUCGCGCACAACACGCACCCCUUCACCUCGCGCUUCACCGACCCGACGCUCUACGAAGUCAUGCGCAUCGUCCCCAUGACGCUCCGCGUGGCCAAAUACACCCGCAGCGCGCACCCGAAGCGGCCGACGAUCCAUGUCGCGGGGACCGUCGCGGGCGCGCAGGCGGCGCAUUGCGUGUGGGGGAAGGUCGAGGUCGUUGGAGGGGGCGAGAUUCGGUGGAGUUUGUUCACGCUGCGCGAAGACGGCGAGUCGGCCUGGCAAUCCGACGGCGUCCAGCUCGGCGGGCCCGGCUCCGCCGCGGGCGUGCUGGGCAUGUGGACGAGCGCCGAGCACGAGCACAUGGACCCGCUCGGACCGUUCUGGGCGUGGAAAGUCGGCGCGCCGGGUGCACGUAGUAGCAGUGGGAUGGGGCUGGGGGCGGCGGAGGGGAGCGAGCCGCAGAGCGUGCAAGGCAAACGCCCUUCCGAGUCGUCGAGGAGAGAGCCCGAGCGCUGA